AUGGAAACACUCAAACACGUUGUAGUUGCCGUGCGCAGCCGAGCAGAAGGCAGUCGCAUACUAUUCUGUUUCAAUAUGGACAACGAGCCCUUUGCGUUAUCAAACAGUGUCGAACAAGCCAUCCUCGACCAAAGGAAUGCAAAAUAUUAUCAUCCCUCCGAAGCUCAAAUAGUCAAUUUUGGCUCUGUUCUAGUUCCUCGCCGAAUGAAAGAAGGUCCUUUUGUGUUUUCCGUUGAUACAUACACUCUUGUGGUGUAUCUUAAGGAGUUUCCUGAAGACGAAGAUGAGGAGAAGUUUGUGUAUUUUUUUGAAUUGACAUCGAUCAGUACUGUGUUUCUCUUACAAAAAGAUGUGUAUAUCCGCUCUGUUAUCGACGGUUUUAUGACCGUCUCUAAAACGAUUUCUAAGGCACUUAUCCUCGAAGAGAUUAACUCGGGCUACGUCUCUACACAAGUCCGAAAGAUCUUUUCAACACGACAAAAGUUCUGCCAAGAGAAUAUAAGACGGGACGUCCCUUUAACUUACAAAGAGUUGGUCACUGAAAUCAUCACAAAGAGCGAUUUGGCCUCGGCUAUGCAAAAGAUCUUCAUCGACUUAAAAACAAACGGCGUCGCACACACAAAAAUGAAUAAGAAAUACCUCCCACCCAUUUCUUUGAAAAAUUACGACGACGUCUUCUCACAACAGUUGUUGCCUUAUCACUCGAUCUUUUUAUUUAAGACGUCGAAGGAGUGGAUAUCCUGCUUGACUAAUAGCGACGACUUAAUCCUCCUCCCCGAACAAUUCCCUCACAUCCAAAACAAAGGGUUCUUCGAAAAGGUCAAAAAAGUCCUUCAAGUCUCAACACCGCAAACUUCAUUACAAUAUUUAUCGAUGACCACGGAAAUACCAUUACUCGAAAUAUAUGAUGUUGUGAGGUAUUUGGUCUAUUGGGGGAAGGCUAAAGUCAUCGAAGCAGUCUUUUUGGAUGACGUCUACAUCUUAUCGCCUUCAAAAGAGACGCAGCCGGGUUACUUCUUGCCAAAGGAGUGUUGUGAAAGCCCACAAAAAAUACAGGACGGGACAUCUUCACAUAUAAAAGUGAAGACUUUGGCAAUGAGAUUUAAAGAAGAGUGUGGGGGCGACAUCACUAAAGUCUUAAACAGUUUCAUUGAGAAAAAGACUUUGGACAAAAUACUCGAACCAAUACCAGAAGGCGAUCAAGACUCUUUUGUUGAGGCAUUUACGUGGUUGAUAGCACAUGAUGUCUUAAUUCGAGUGAGAAAGUAUUUGUAUUGUAUUGACAAGAAGUGGUUCAAUGACUUACAACUCCACGAAGAAAGUACUUUAGACGACGACUUGAAGCAAUUCAAGAAGAUGGAGAUGUACUUCGAUGGAAAAACAGACUUGAAAGAGAUUUCCUCGAAGACAGGAAUUACUCUGCCCGAAAUUUUUCAUCUUCAAAAGAAGUAUCAGCAAUACGUCUUGAUGCUUUGUUAUGAAUAA